GCAAGUUUUUUUUCCCUGAAAAAAAUUUUCCAUCCUCUAAGGUUAGGCGUUGUUCGGUGGUUAGGCGCAAUUAAAAAUCAUAAUAUGUUGCAUAUUAUGUUCGCAAGUGUUACUUGCAGCUCAGUACAGUUUCUUAUUUAUUCUAAAUCCACUGUAACGUAUUUUUGUCUUUAAAUUUAAUAUAUAUUAUUUUAUAAUUAGUUUUAUGAUACAAACAUUUUCCGUGGGGGAGUUGAAGAGACGUGGAAGAGACCAUGCAAUAUUGGUGGCUUCCUAGCCACGAAAGAGUGUCUGGUGUCAGUGUCAGCUAUCUAUUAAAAAGAAGAAAAUCUAACCAAGAAAAAAUUAUUUUGAAUUUUUAUUGUAAUGGAUUUUUAAUUUAAAAAUGAAUUCCUCUAUUCGUCAUGUCUUGAAAAGAUAUUCUACGAGUGCAAAACCAUUAGUAAUACCAAAUAGUAAUGUUAUAAACGAUAUUGAUAACAAUGUGUAUAAGUAUAAGAAACAUCCAGGAAUCAAUCUUCCAAGAACUGUACUACUACCAGAAUCUUUUAUAAAAGCGGUUAUUAAUGUAUUGGCAGAUUAUCCAGUAAAAGGUUUAAUUGAAUCUAGUGAGAAAUUAACGAGACACCUAAAAGGCCGAGUAGCUCCCAUGGAAAAAUUGGAUCUCAGAGAAAAGGUAUCGCAUAUCCAAGAAAAAGUUUUAUCCAAAUACAACAAAACUGAGUUUUCAACAGUUGAAGACGAAAUGAAUUUUAAACAUAUGGUUGAACAUAAAAUUCAAAGAAGUAUAAAUAAACAGUUGUAUAACUGGAAACCGAUAAAAUACGAUAUUAACAACUCACUGUUAUAUUUAAUAGGGAGGUCGGCUGCUGAAUAUGCAACGCUAGUGAAAAUAUUUGGUGAAAUAGAAACCCGUGAUCCAAGUUUCAAGCCGAAGAGUAUUUUUGACUAUGGAUCUGGAGUAGGUACAGCUAGUUGGGCUGCUAAUUUAUUUUGGAAAAAAUAUAUUCUUGAAUAUUUCAAUGUAGAUACUUCUAGGGAUAUGAAUGAUUUAGCUCAAAUGUUAUUGCAAGGUGGACAUGGGACUCCAGCAGUGCCAAUAAAAGGUGUAUUUUACAGACAGUUUUUACCUGCUACACCUUUAAAUUAUGAUUUAGUAGUAUCAUCGUUUUCGAUGUUUGAACUUCCUUCUUCGAAAAAUAGGUUAGAGACGAUACUAAAUUUAUGGAAUAAGACUGCAAAAUAUUUAGUUAUAGUUGAACAGGGUAGUAAUGCAGGCUUUAAAGUAGUAAACGAGCUAAGAGACUUUUUACUUCAAAUUGAUAAAGAAGGUCAUAAGUGUACAGUUUUCAGUCCUUGUUCACAUGACGCUAUGUGCCCUAGAUUUUUAUUAGAUGAUGGUACCCCAUGUAACUUUGAAGUAUCAUAUCACUCACUUCCUUUGGUUGGCCAUUCUGAAGUAAAGUCAGACCUUUAUUCUUAUGUAGUGCUACAGAAAGGUAACGUCGAACACUGUGCUGAAGAAAGGUGGCCUAGAGUUGUAAGACCAACUUUAGUAAGAUCAAAACACACAAUUUGUAGGUUGUGUACAAGUAAUGGCAAGCUUCAAGAAGUUAUUUUUACAACUGGCAAGCAUGGUAAGACAAUGUAUCACUGUUCUAGAGCAACUAAAUGGGGAGAUCGCCUUCCCGUCAACAUUCAAGAUAGUGAAAAAUGUGAUAUAAAUCAGUAGGUUAAGAAUAAAGAGUUUUAUUUUA